UUUAACUCAUAAGACACGUAUGAAUCUCUGUCCCACUACUCCACCACUAAUGCCAAUCCCUAUGCCCAUAGGUCUGACACCGGGAACAGUCCUAAUCAUUCUGGCGGGUCGUCACCGGGGGAAGCGAGUGGUGUUCCUGAGACAACUGGCCUCCGGUCUCCUGCUGGUUACGGGACCCUUCAAAAUCAACGCCUGUCCCCUCCGUCGUAUGCACCAGCAAUUCGUGAUCGUGACGUCCACUAAGCUGGACAUCUCGGGCGUCAAAAUACCCGAUCAUAUCGACGACAAGUACUUUAACGUGAAGAAAGACCGGUCGCCGAAAGGCAAGAGAGGCGACGGCGGAGACAUCUUCGACACGAAGGCCGAGGCCUGGAAGCCGGACGAGCGCCGGAAGGCCGACCAGAUCGCCAUCGAUAAGGCGCUCGUGGGUCUGAUCCGCAAGAACAAGGAGAAGAAGCUGUUGUUGGCGUAUUUGGGCUCAUAUUUCCAGUUACGGAAC